UGUAGCACAACACAUGCCUUGACGUCUACUUCCAAAAUUUUCGUCCUGAGUGACCAGAGAGGGUGGAUGAGUAAUUCAUGUAGUGUAGGUACGCCCUGUGCCCAGAAGAGAAAGGUGCAUUUUUCAGUCUUAAGGAGUGUGCUGUGCGUCCUCGGGCUGUCGCAAGCCUAGACAUGCCCGACACUGCCUCCAAUGAGCCCGGUUCGAAGGUUUCGGAUCCACAACAUUCCCAGAGACUCCUGAGAGUCCUUCGCACCUUUUGGCAGGAGCAAAGUUUCCACGAUGCGCUGCUGGUGGUGGACGGAGAGGAGCUUCCUGUCCAGAAAAAUAUCCUGGCCGCUGCCAGCCCCUACAUCAGGACCAAGCUGAACUACAACCCUCCAAAGGAAGAUGGGUCUACUUACAGAAUCGAGCUGCAGGGGGUCUCUAUGGCCAUCAUGAAACAAAUCCUGGACUACAUCUUCAGCGGUGAAAUCACCUUGAGAGAAGAGACCAUCCAGGACAUGGUGCAGGCAUCCGACCUUCUCCUCAUGACCGACCUCAAGUCAAUGUGCUGCAAGUUCUUGGAGAGCUGCAUCACUGCAGAGAACUGCAUCGGUAUCCGCCUCUUCUCUCUGCACUAUUGCCUCUACCACGUGCACUACGUCGCCACAGAGUUCCUGCAAACGCACUUCCGUGACGUGGCGCUGACUGAGGAGUUCAGGGAGCUGCCACCGGACCGACUCUGCGAGGUGCUGUCCAUGGAGAAGCUGAAUGUGGGCAACGAGAAGCAUGUGCUGGAGGCCGUGGUGCGGUGGUUCGCACACGACCCGGAUGAUCGCAGGGUACGCAUGAAGGAAGUGAUGUCUGCCGUGUGGCUGCAGGGUUUGGAUCUCAGCUACCUGAGAGAGCAGGCCAUGGGGGAGCCUCUGAUGAGGGAGGUGAUCAGAGAGUACUGUCAGCCGGUGCUGACGCAGGGUCAGCUGCAGGGGGAGGCUAUGCUCGCUGCCUUCAAACCCAGAGGGUAUUCUGAGUGUAUCGUCAUCGCUGGAGGUGAGGAUCGCAAAACCAGGAAGCCGACAGCUGCGUCGCGCUGCAUGUGUCCUCUGUAUGACGCCAACAGGCAGGCUUGGAUAGAGUUGGAGCCAAUGAGCGUCGCCCGCCUCGGCCAUGGGUUGGUUGCUGCCGGGGGGUUUCUGUUCGUGGUGGGUGGAACAGAUGAACACAACGCAGUCCUGGCCAGUGGAGAGAAAUAUGACCCCGACUCCAACACCUGGAGCCCGAUUCCCCCAAUGCUACAGGCUCGUCAGAACUUCGGCGUGGUGGAGCUGGAUGGUCUGAUCUAUGUUCUUGGUGGAGAGAGUGAAGAGCUGGGGCUGAUCACCGUCGAGGUGUUCGACCCCUACUUCAAUACCUGGAAAAUGCAGACCAGUAUGACCAUGAUCCGCAAGGUCGGCUGCUACGCCUCCAUGAAUAAGAAGGUCUACGCCAUCGGUGGGGGCUCCUACGGGAAGCUGUUUGACUCUGUUGAAUGCUUUGACCCCAAAACCCAGCAGUGGACGGGGCUGUGUCCUCUGAAAGAGAGAAGGUUUGGCUCGGUGGCGUGCGGCGUCGGUCAGGAGCUUUACGUGUUCGGUGGAGUCAGAAGCCAAGAGAACGACAACCCCGAACAAAGACAAAUGACGACCUGCAAGUCUGAGUUCUACCAUGACGAGAUGAGGAGGUGGAUGUUCCUGGAUGACCAGAACCUGUGCAUCCAGACCAGCUCCUCCUUCGUCUACGGCGCCGUGCCCAUUGGAGCCAGUAUCUACGUGGUGGGGGACCUGGACACAGGCACAAACUUUGACUACAUCCGGGAGUUCCGGCGCACCACCGGGACGUGGCAUCGCACCAAGCAGAUGUUACCCAGCGACCUUUCCAAAACGGCCUGUGCCAACUUGCGCAUCGCCAAUUGUCGACUGUUCCGCCUUCAGCUGAGUCAGGGCAUGUUCCGGAUCAGAAUCUGAGCCGAGACGGCAGCCGGCAGCUCUGUCCCGGCUCCAUGUGUCUCCACUUUUGCACACUGGUACGCUCUAUCUGCUGUAGGUCUGAGUUUAUAUACAAACACUAAAGCGCUGUAGUCGCUACGCUUUGAAGAUCUCAACUCCAGUCAUUGGUUUAUACUCACGACCCUUUUGAUGUAUAUUUAUUGUUGACCAAAUGGGAUGGACUUUAAUCUGAACACAUUUUUAGCUUUAUGGGUUUUAUGACAUUUUUCUUAUCUAAAUCUAUUUUCUUUGAAGUGUGGGAUCCUUUUUUUACAACUUUCUUUUAAAGGACAUUGCUCAUUUUGAAUGCUUUCUGGUUCUCGGUUACUUGGCGAGGGAUUCAUUAUACACCAGUCACUACCCCUUUAUUACACUAGAAAUCACGCGGCACAGUUUUUGCAGAGGCAGCGAGGCCCGCUGUGGUGCCGCUUUAUUAAAGGAUCACUCUAGAUCAUUUCAAGGCUGCAAAUAUCCCAUUAUUAUCACCGUUAUGACGUUCCAGUUCAUGAUAACUUUGCACACGUCACCUUGUGGUAGAGAUACGAGGGAAGGAUGAGUCACACAUGAAAGCAAAGUGAAAAGUUGCAGCAGGAAUCAGCUGCCUUUUUGGUAAACGCAUUAGACGCUUGCCAGCUGACUCAGUCACAUGCAUAUUAAGCCUCACACGCUGGUUUGUUUUACGUGUGUGUGGAUGGAUAAUGUUCUGUUUGGCAUGUGCUGGUCACAGCAAAAACUGUGACCAGCACAGUUUGACAGUUUAGAAGAAGGAAGUAAAAUGAUUUUGUACAGGAAGCUGUAGGAGCACAGUUCUGAAUCCACAACCAAAGAUUUCACAAAUGUCUCUUAAACUCCAGGAAACUGUCGACGUUACUGGAGGCCCUCGCAGUGCGGUUGUGUCCUUUAAAAACUAUGGCGUGCAGCUCAGACGGUGUAGAAAAGCCACGUGGAAUUCUCCAAACUAUGCACGAACACGGGUGACUUGCUUUUGGCGACAGCACCUGAUUUCCGUAUAUUCACAGAAACGUUCCCACGUGCUGAUUUCAGCGUUUGCCUCUUGGAGCACAAACUCUUUAACUUUUUAUCUGAGCUGGUCCGGGCCGGUCCAUUCUAAAACAGAGCACCUUACCCUGGUGAUUUACUGGAUGUGCUGCAGCUUUGCUGACCUCUGACCUGGCUUUACAGUCAGGACAGUUUUGGCAUCUCUUGACCCCGUUUGUUCUGUGCGAGUUACAGCUGCUGGUGUCUGUCCUGCACUCAGCGGCUGCGCUUACAAAAUGCCCCGUUCAUGCAGCGCAGUGUGCGUUAGGGCCGAUCGCCCCGGGCCAAAACACAACUCUUUCAAUUUGAAGCGACGCGAGAAUGUCAGGUUUUAAAGACUUGCGCAAAAACUUGCAUUAGACUGCAGUUGGAGUCACGUCUGUUUUAUUUUGUAAGCUUAUUAUUUAUCAUAACAUAAAUAUUUAAUACUUCAACACCAUAAAUAUAGCAACAGCAUCAGUUCAAGCGGUAAUUUGGUAUAAACUGAUAUGUUGCAGCUGGUCGCCUUUAUUUGCUGCACUGUUACUGGUUGGUUUGCUACACAAGCAUUUGUAGCUCACCUAACAAAAACACUCCUGGUUUUUUUAUUGUUAUUUAUUCCAAAAUAUAUGCAAA